UAACGGCAAACAGGUCGGUGUCUUCCUCCAAAGAUGUCUCUUCAAGAGUCACCUCGUCCUUCUGAUGAAGAGGAGGCUUUCUACAUGCAGUGCAGAGCCGCAUACCUUGCUGUGUUCAAAUCCAGUUUGAGCAAUAUCUCUUCGAAACAGCAGUUAUGUCGUGUUCUCCAGCAGGCUGGUAGAAAUCCAUCCCAAGCAACUCUCAACAAAUACUGGAGCCCGAGAACAUCCAAACUGAACUUUGAUGAUUUCUGUGAGAUUCUCAAGUGUGAGAAGAAAACAGAGGAAACGGAGUUGAUGAGAGCCUUCAAAAAGAUGGAUGUGAAUGGUGAUGGCUACAUCUCACACAGCGAACUGGAGAAAGCCCUAACCACUAAAGGAGAGAAAAUGACCACUGAAGAGGUCAAUGCUAUUUUCUCAUUACUUGACAUCAACAAAGACGGCAAACUGGACUAUGCAGAAUUCUGCAGAUUGCUUGUGUCUACAGUAGAGCAGUGUGAGAUGGCUGUUUUGGAGAGGCUUGAGGCAAAUGCCAAGCUGAAGAGACAGAACUUUGGCAGUCAGUCAUACAGCCCUCAGAAGAGCUCCGUGUCAUCAGCGUCAUCAUCGGCAGCACAAGCGACAGCGACUCUCCCUCAGCCUCCGGAAACACCCCGGGCAGACUCUGACACGACACUCAAGAAAGACAGUCGAUCAUCCUCCCGUCCUUCUUCUGCUCGCAGCAGACGGUCGUCCCUGUCCAACCCAAUCACUAUGACAUCCAGCAGCACUAAGACCAGCAAAAUACAAGAGCCCUCAGGCUUACAGGAUUGGCAUCACAGUUAUGUGAAGGGCUGUUUCUUCUUGGAGGACGAUGGAAGUGUCAGUUCUCUGCAGUACCAGUUCCACAUCCCCCAGACAACCAACGUCUACCUAACCAUCCAACCACUCAGCCUCAGCCACAGACCUGACAAGCCUUCUUCAUGGAUGACAGUGGACACGGCCCUUUUUGUCAUGUCAGCUGGUGAAACCAAAGAGGACUCACAAUUAGUGUGUUUCACAGAGUCAAAAGACAAAGAAAAGUAUGUUUGGAAAGGAGAAUUGAAUGCUGGAACUUACUACCUGCUUCCCUUCACUAGUGGUUGCAAACUAAAGAAAAAGAGCAAAAAGAGCCUUUCUAAUCAACCUGUAGAGCUUGUCUACAGGACUGACACUGGAGAACUAGACCUCACUAGAGAGCUCAGGGAGGUGCUGUCUGACAUAUUUGAGGUGAUAGACAUGGAUGGAAAUGGUUUGCUCAGUUUAGAGGAGUACAAUUUCUUUGAGCUGAGGACCAGUGGAGAGAAAUGCGAAAAGGAUGCCUGGGCUGUCUGCAAGGAAAACUUUGAUAUGAGAAAGAACCAGCUGACACGGCAGGGCUUCAUGGAGCUGAACCUGAUGGAGGCCACAGAGAAAGAAGGAGACCCUGCUGACCUUUGGGUCACCCUGGAAGCCAUGGGCUACAACCGAAUGCUGGAGCUCGUAGAGGCUUGUCCAUUCCAGAUAGACGUACACUGUGAAGGCACUCAGCCAUCCAUCCAGCCAAUCAGUAUGGACUCAGGCCCCAAGCUUCUGAACCAGGGCCUCCAGAAGUCCAUCACAGCCAGGACAGGGGCCAAAGCACUGAGGGGACAAGACAACGUCUUCAUCUACAUUUACAGAGGAGAACACAGGAUCUCCUCCCUCAUAGCCAACAAGACCAACCAGAAAGUGACCGUCCAUGUAAACAAUGAGCAGAGCAGGAACUGCUGCAGCAGCCGAGGCAUGAGUGUGUUUGCUGUUGAGGUGCCAGCCAGGACUAAGAUGGUGUGCCAACACAUCCUGCCUAUCAAUGAGAGACAGGAUUGGACCUACAACUGUGUGGAGACCAUACUACCCUGCACGUAAACCUGUUGUCCCAUCAAGGAUUCAAAGCUCACCUAUACUAAUGAGACAAAAAAGUGAUGGGCCACAAUUAUUCAUAAAACAGUAAUAUAUGAAAACUCUUAUUACUGGUUGGACCAAAUGAUUGUGUAGUUUUACUGUAACUUUCAAGGUCCAAAAGGAACAGUUCCUCAUCAUUUCAGCUUUUAGAAGUCCACUGUCAUGUUCAAAGCUUACCUGUGUG